UGCAGGAUCCUGGAGGAGCUUCAGUGUGGUUGGUGUUUUCCAGGAUCUCCUCAGCACAUGACGCUGUGGGACAUCAGCUGUUCCUGACUGAUGCAGUGACCUUUACAAACAGCAGAGGGCGCCAUCAGCUCUGAGCUUGACCCGACCUGCUGUCAUGUUUCACACCAACACGACUCGAUGAGGUUUGACAGAGAGAAGGAGACAGAGACAGAGUCCUGGUUCUGGUCCGUCACAGUCGGUGCUGGAUUAUGGCUCACAGCAGGAUGGAGACUAAACCGGUGAUCUUCUGUCUGAAGACGCUGCUGCUGCUCUACUCCUUCAUCUUCUGGGUGACAGGUGUGGUCCUGCUGUCAGUGGGGUUGUGGUGGAAGUUCAUGUUGGGCCCCUACAUGUUACUGAUCUCCAGCGCCCCGUCCAACGCUCCGUACGUCCUCACCGGCACCGGAGCCGCCAUCGUGCUGUUCGGACUGUUCGGCUGCUUCGCCACCUGCAGGGGGCGCCCCUGGAUGUUACGACUGUACGCUGCGUUUCUGUCUCUGGUCUUCAUGGCUGAACUCAUCGCUGGAAUCUCUGGAUUCAUCUUUCGCCAUGAGAUCAAAGGGACGUUCCUCACCACCUACAGCGAUGCAGUGAUGACCUAUGAUGGACGAGAUGACAGGAGUCUGGCUGUGGACGGUGUCCAACGCAGAUUACACUGCUGUGGAGUGUAUAACUACACCAGCUGGUUCAGCAGUGUGUAUUUCCCGGUCGGGGGGGUUCCCGCCAGCUGCUGUGUCAGUCUGUCCGACUGCAGCGGAGCCGACCUGAAGAACGCAACUUUGGCUGCACGUAAAGUCUACAAACAGGGCUGUUAUGAGCUGGUGACGUCCGUCAUAGAGAGCAACAUGGGGAUCAUCGCUGGAGUCACCUUCGGCAUCGCCUUCUCUCAGUUCAUAGGAAUGUCUUUGGCCUGUUGUUUGUCUCGCUUCAUCAACGCCAACCAGUACGAGAUGGUCUGACAG